UACCGUUAUGGAGCUGAGUGAUGCCAAUUUGCAGACUCUGACUGAAUAUUUGAAGAAGACUCUGGAUCCUGAUCCCGCUAUAAGACGUCCGGCGGAAAAAUUCCUUGAAUCUGUUGAAGGAAGCCAAAAUUACCCACUUCUACUCUUAACGCUGCUAGAGAAGUCGCAAGAUAAUGUUAUCAAAGUCUGUGCCUCUGUCACUUUCAAGAAUUACAUUAAAAGGAACUGGAGAAUUAUCGAAGAUGAACCAAACAAAAUCUGUGACGCAGACAGGAUAGCCAUUAAAGCCAACAUAGUACACCUGAUGCUUAGCAGCCCAGAACAAAUUCAAAAACAGUUAAGUGAUGCAAUCAGCAUCAUUGGUAGAGAAGAUUUCCCUCAAAAAUGGCCUGACCUCCUGACAGAAAUGGUGAAUCGGUUUCAGAGUGGAGAUUUCCAUGUUAUUAACGGAGUCCUUCGCACAGCACACUCUUUAUUUAAAAGGUACCGUCAUGAGUUUAAAUCAAAUGAGCUGUGGACGGAGAUCAAACUUGUCCUUGAUGCCUUUGCACUACCACUAACAAACCUUUUUAAGGCCACAAUUGAGCUCUGCAGUACUCACGCAAAUGAUGCCAGUGCUCUGAAAGUCCUCUUCUCCUCUCUAAUUCUGAUUGCUAAGCUGUUCUACAGUUUAAAUUUUCAAGACCUUCCUGAGUUUUUUGAAGAUAACAUGGAAACCUGGAUGAUGAAUUUCCACAACCUUUUAACUUUGGAUAACAAACUGUUACAAACAGAUGAUGAAGAGGAAGCUGGUCUACUAGAGCUUUUGAAAUCUCAGAUUUGUGAUAAUGCAGCUUUGUAUGCCCAAAAAUAUGAUGAAGAAUUUCAGCCUUACCUGCCGCGUUUUGUCACAGCAAUCUGGAAUUUAUUAGUCACAACCGGUCAAGAAGUUAAAUAUGAUUUGUUGGUAAGCAAUGCAAUCCAGUUUCUGGCUUCGGUUUGUGAGAGACCCCAUUAUACACAUCUGUUUGAAGAUCAGAAUACGCUGACAAGUAUUUGCGAGAAAGUUAUUGUUCCCAACAUGGAAUUCAGAGCGGCUGAUGAAGAAGCUUUUGAAGAUAAUUCUGAAGAAUAUAUUCGGAGAGACUUGGAAGGAUCUGAUAUCGAUACCAGACGUAGAGCAGCAUGUGAUCUAGUACGGGGUUUAUGCAAAUUUUUUGAAGCACCCGUGACAGGGAUCUUCUCUGGUUAUGUUAACUCUAUGCUGCAAGAAUAUGCAAAGAACCCAUCUGUCAACUGGAAGCAUAAAGAUGCUGCUAUCUACCUUGUAACAUCUUUGGCCUCAAAAGCUCAGACACAAAAGCAUGGAAUAACACAAGCCAAUGAACUUGUAAAUCUGACAGAGUUCUUUGUGAACCAUAUUCUACCAGAUCUCAAGUCUCCUAAUGUGAAUGAAUUUCCUGUACUUAAAGCAGAUGGUAUCAAGUACAUCAUGAUUUUCAGGAACCAAGUUCCUAAAGAUCAGCUUUUGGUGUCUAUUCCUCUCCUAAUCAAUUAUCUUCAAGCAGAAAGUAUUGUAGUUCAUACAUAUGCGGCUCAUGCCCUUGAAAGAUUAUUUACAAUGAAAGGGGCUAACAACACAACAUUAAUUACAGCUGCAGAGAUGGCACCAUAUGUUGAGAUGCUGCUAACAAACCUUUUCAAAGCUCUGACGCUUCCGGGGUCAUCUGAAAAUGAAUAUAUUAUGAAAGCCAUCAUGAGAAGCUUUUCUCUGCUUCAGGAAGCCAUAAUUCCUUACAUCCCUUCUCUCAUCACUCAGCUCACGCAGAAACUGCUUGCCGUCAGUAAGAAUCCAAGCAAGCCUCACUUCAAUCAUUACAUGUUUGAAUCCAUUUGCUUGUCAAUAAGGAUAACUUGCAAAGCCAACCCCGCAGCAGUCGGAAGCUUUGAAGAGGCAUUGUUCAUGGUGUUCACUGAAAUCCUGCAGAAUGACGUGCAAGAGUUCAUUCCCUACGUGUUUCAAGUGAUGUCUCUGCUCCUGGAGAUGCAUAAAAAUGAUAUCCCGUCAUCCUACAUGGCCUUGUUCCCACAUCUGCUUCAGCCGGUGUUGUGGGAGAGGUCAGGAAACAUUCCCCCUCUGGUGAGGCUCCUUCAGGCCUACUUGGAAAGAGGUGCCAACACGAUAGCAAGCGCCGCAGCCGACAAAAUACCUGGACUGUUAGGGGUGUUCCAGAAACUUAUUGCCUCUAAACUUAACGACCACCAAGGAUUCUAUCUUCUCAACAGUAUUAUAGAACAUAUGCCUCCUGAGUCCAUUGAUCAGUACAGGAAGCAAAUUUUCAUUCUGCUAUUCCAAAGACUUCAGAAUUCCAAAACAACAAAAUAUAUCAAAAGUUUCCUAGUCUUUAUCAACUUGUACUGUGUAAGAUAUGGAGCAAUAGCACUUCAAGAAAUAUUUGACAGUAUACAGCCAAAGAUGUUUGGAAUGGUUUUGGAGAAGAUCAUAAUACCAGAAAUACAGAAAGUGUCUGGACAGGUAGAAAAGAAAAUCUGUGCGGUUGGCAUCACAAAAAUCCUCACUGAAUGUCCUCCUAUGAUGGACACGGAGUACACAAAACUCUGGACGCCUCUUCUCCAGGCCCUCAUUGGUCUCUUCGAGUUGCCUGAAGAUGACACCCUUCCUGAUGAAGAACACUUCAUUGACAUAGAAGACACACCAGGAUACCAGACUGCAUUCUCCCAGCUUGCCUUUGCUGGGAAAAAAGAACACGACCCCGUGGGCCAAAUGGUGAACAACCCUAAAAUCCAUCUUGCACAGUCUCUUCAUAAAUUAUCUACUGCAUGUCCAGGCAGGGUGCCCUCGAUGGUGAGUACAAGCCUGAAUGCGGAAGCUCUGCAGUUUCUCCAAGGAUACUUACAGGCUGCGAGCGUCACGUUGCUCUGACCUCUUCGUUUCUGGCAUCGGAGUUUCAAAAUUGUGUCAAAGACCGCUGAUAUUGACUGUCUCCUAAGCCAAGCUCGGAGAGGACGAAGCAAGUUGCUCCUUCAAAAAACACUUCGCCGAAUCGUUUGC